UGAAGUUUUUCUCUACCUCCAAAGCUCUUUGUUUAUCAGAUCUUCUCUCUGUUUUCUUCAGAUCUUGGAGAAAGGAUCUAAAGUUAUGAUGAGAAUAUUCCUUCUCUAUCAUCUAUUAAACUCUUUUCUUCUCUCUUUAGUACCAAAGAAACUGCGAACUCUCUUCUCUCUCUCUUGGUUCGACAAAACUCUCCACAAGAACUCACCACCGUCACCGUCCAUGUUACCCUCUCCGUCACCAUCCUCCACGCCGACGACAAAAAUAGACCCGUCCGAGCUAAAAAGGGUUUUUCAGACGUUCGACAAGAACGGAGACGGUCGUAUCACUAAACAAGAGCUCAAGGACUCACUCGAGAAUCUUGGAAUCUACAUACCAGACAAAGACCUAACUCAAAUGAUCCACAACAUCGACACGAACCACGAUGGAUGCGUUGACAUAGACGAGUUCGAGUCUCUGUACAAAUCCAUUGUCGAUGAGCAUCACAACGAUGGAGAAACCGAAGAAGAGGACAUGAAAGAAGCCUUUAACGUGUUUGACCAGGACGGAGAUGGGUUUAUCACUGUGGAGGAGUUGAAAUCUGUGAUGGGUUCCUUGGGACUCAAGCAAGGUAAAACCCAAGAAGGUUGCAAGAAGAUGAUUAUGCAAGUGGAUGUUGAUGGUGAUGGUAGAGUUAAUUACAAAGAGUUUCUUCAAAUGAUGAAAGGUGAUGGGUUUAGCAGUAGUAGUUGAUAUUUGUUUAGGAUUUAACAGAAGAGUACGUGUGUGUGUGUGUAUGUUUAUUUGAUUGAUUUGUUUGUUUCUUUUUAUGUGUGAAUAAUUUUUCUGAUGAUGUAUCAAAACAUGACCAAGGUGUGUUAUCCUUUAUUUUUUCUAGGGUUUCUCUGAGAUUAUGUAAGAUUCACCUUCUCAUUUCAUCUGGUUUAGAGUUCUUUAGUA